AUGUUCUACGAGCCAGGGAAAACCGAGCACAACCUCCCUCAUGAUCCGUUCAAGGCUUGCGUCGUCCCCCGCCCUAUAGGCUGGAUAUCCACCAUCUCCCCCUCUUCGUCUUCCUCCAGCAGCAGCACCACCAGCACCAACGGCCUUUCCACCCCGACCGCCAACCUCGCCCCAUAUUCUCAAUUCAACAAUCUCACCUUCGACCCCCCAUACGUCAUGUUCUCCGCCAAUCAGAACCCGCACUCCGCCCAAAAGGACACCGUCCGCAACGCUGAAGCCACCGGAGUCUUCUGCUGGCAACUGGCCACCUAUCCACUGCGCGAAGCCGUCAACAAAACAGCCGAACACCUGCCCUACGGCGUUGACGAGUUCGAACGCGCGGGGCUGGAAAAGACUUGGUCACGGGCCCUCCCUACGCCGGUUCCCAUGGUCAGAGCAUCCCCUGUCCGCUUCGAGUGCGAGUACUACACCACCCUCAAAUUGCCGGGAAACCCGCCCAUGGGUACCGUCGACGUAGUGAUAGGCAAAGUCGUCGGCAUCCAUAUCGACGAGCGGGUCUUGACCGAAGGCAAGAUCGACAUCAACAAGACCCAGCCUAUUGCUCGGUGCGGCUACUACGACUACAUAAUGGCUCACGAUCCGUUUAGUAUGAUCAUUCCAGGAGAUCCCGCAACACUCUAUGGGCUGGAGGGCAGCGUCAAGCAGCACAAGGAACAUCGAGAUCGAGAGGCGGCCCAGAAGAUGGGCGUAGACCAAUCAGGACCACCUUGA